AUGCUCUCUUCUUCUUCUCCAACCUUCUUCGCUCCUCCAUUUCUGUCCUCUUCUUCUUCUUCUUCUCCGCUACUCCCCCCUGUUUCACCACCGUCUCGCAUUUCCCGGAGCUCACCAUCUCUCUCUGCCACCGCUUCCUCCUCCUACACCUGCGCUGAGGAAUCCCCGAGAUUGCGCCAGAUCCCUCAGCGAUUGUCACUCUACGAGAUCCUUGAGAUUCCGGCCAGCUCGACGAGCCAGGAGGUCAAGUCGGCUUACCGGAGGCUAGCCAGGAUCUGCCAUCCCGACGUCGCUGGAAACGGUCGAAAUCGCUCGUCGGCGGACGAUUUCAUGAAGAUCCACGCGGCGUAUUGCACGCUUUCUGAUCCUGAGAAACGCGCCGUUUAUGAUCGGAUGAGCCUUCGUCCUUCCCGGCCGUUGACUGUCGGUGUCUCUGGUUUCGGUAGUUACGGCGGACGAAAUUGGGAAACUGAUCAGUGCUGGUAG